AUUCACAUACAAACCAAAAUAAACUUGCGAAGAAUUGCUUAAUGGCAAACCAAAUGCCAAAAUAUUUUUAUUUUUUUGCCAUCUUGGUUUUAGUUGUUAAAGUGCAAUUAAUAGAAGUAGAAGGUACUUGCACAAAAAUAAUUGGACAAUGUUCAGCAACAGAUUGUGGUGCACAUUGUAACUCAUUUGCAAGAGGUGUUCGAACAUUAGGAUGGUCAUGUUCUUUCUUCAACUUAUGCACUUGUACUUUUGAUCAGCCUCCUCCUGGAUUAACACAACCUGCUUGCGAGGUUGGUUUGGGAAUAUGCACUCGUGAAUGUGGUCAAGCUUGUUGUAACGCUAAGUGUGUUAGCCAUUUUCCUCAUACAGGUGUUGGUACUUGUAUUGAUGCAUUUAAUAUGAUUCUUUGUCUUUGUUCCUAUCAACGUUGACCUUAUUCUUUAAUUAAAUAAAAUAAAUAAGGUCAUGCGGAUGAUUAUCUAAUCACCAUUUUAUAUUAGUAAAAAUUGAUAUAUAAAUAUAAUAUUAUAAUGUUACUCUUCAACAGAGAUA